GAGUCUGCAAAGAUUGGCUGGCGUUUCCAUUGAAGGAGAGCUGGACCCAUCCUUUCAGCUCAUUGACAGCUGCAAUCACCAAAUGGAGACUUCGACCAUCUUCUGGCUGGCGCCUUCGAAGUGUGCUAAGCGUGAGACUGAGGUCAUCGCCGGAUUUCGUGAUAAGCCAACCACUCUCCAAGUCGAGCAGAAUGCGAUCAAGCUACGCCACAGUCCUCAACCUCUUGAGUGCGACACCUCUGACAGUCUCAAAUGCCAGUGGGCCUGGAUGCGCAGAGGUCUGGCAUACGAUCAGUGUAACAAGAUCUCUUAUGGCACUCACCAACAAUGGGUUCAGAGGUUGUUGGACUCUUUCUCUACUGCUCCGCCGCCGGGGUACAAUCCUAUCAGUCUUACACAGUGCAUUCGUGCUGAUAAAGAGCUUUUCCUUUCGAUGUCUCAGGAGAAUCUCAGCAGCUUCAAGCCAGGUUCCUCAGGUGGGCUCCCGCUUGAUGCCCUCAUGGGAAGGCUCAUGUACGAUGUUAGGAUUGGCCAGUUCCUGUUGCCACUGCCGAAGGGGUGCCUGGAGCACCUUCCAGUUGCCGGGCCCAAGUGGGGUCUCAGCAAUCCUUGCCUUCGCUGCCUCAACAAGAGGCUGGUGGAUCUUCUUGCCAGGGACUCAGGUCUGAGACGAGUUCAGGGACAUGGUGGCUCGCGCCUAGGGCUUGGUGCUUAUUGGGGUAUGGGCAAACUUGCCAUUUUCAAAAGCACGUACGCGUUUCCUCAGUCGUGCAAGUAUUUGUGCGCUUUGGUGCACCACGUUGCACCAAAACACGUCUUUGGUGCCAUUGAUAUCCUGGAUGAUGUUCUCUCCGAAGUCCACCAGGACUUGACCAACCAGAAAGGUUCUUGCAGCUUAGUUGUUCCUCUAACUCACUUUGCUCAGGGUCAGCUCUGGAUAGAAGAUGAGACCGGAAAUCACAUCCUCACCUCUGGCAGGUGUGGGCGUUUACACAACUUCGAGGAUGGCCCUUGUGUCUUUGACCUUCGCCUGCCCGUGAUUCCCUCUGCCUCGGAAGGGCCAAUGGCGCCAGAGCCAGAAGGAGUUCUGGAGGUUGGCAAAACCGAGCUGUUCAGCCUCAAGGGCUGGGACAAGGUGAAGGUUGAACUAGCGACCCGCCAGGACCAUGAAUUGGAGUUGGCGGCUUGGGAAGAGACCAGGAAGGAACUUGACGCAGGUUGGUCGUGGCUUUCAGACGACAAGAGCAACAAAGGCCUUUUGAUUGCUUUGAGGUUCGCCUUGCGACAGAGUCCCACUAAGAUUCGUUUAAUCGAUGAUUGUACCAUCAAUGGUCUUAACGGCACGAUAGGAUUGCGCGAGCGGUUUGAGCUGCACACGAUAGAUAAAAUGGCGGCCAUGGCUGUGCGUGCACUUGGAUCUGCGCCAGAUGAAGGCCUUGCAGACUGGGUAGGGCGCACGUUCGAUUUACGCAGUGCCUACAAGCAGUAUGGAAUUCAUCCUUCUGACAGGCAGAGGUUUCGCAUUGGUGUGAACCGUCCUGGGUGCGUGGCCGGAUUCUUUGGUGAAUCGGUUGAUGCACGGGUCAUGAAGAAGCUCUUUAGCCACUCCAAAAACCCGAUUUUCGAAUUGGAGAUUGCAUGCCGCAUUGCCAAAAAGAAGGCCGCUCUCUGGCGAGUGGAGAAGCUGAAGGACAAGCCCCACCGGAAGAAAAAAGCUCCGCCCGUGUUUGUGCCGAGGUUGGUCAUUUGGGUGGGAUCCAUGGCUGUUCUUACAGCUGUGCAGUACACAGCCUAUCCCAUCAAAGAGGGCGUGAUUUGCGUGAUGGACACUACGAGUGAGUACUUCUCGCCUUACCUGAAAAAGCAAGCGGCCAACCACGUACCAACUUUUCGGUACGGAUGA